CUGAUCUCUUCUCUUGUCCUUGUCUCAAUCUCGUCUGUUCAGUGUUCAUUUGAAUUUUCUCAGAUGCUCUCAUUCUCUUCUUAUUAAAAUGAAAAACAGAAAAAGCUCUCUCUCUUAUAAACAAAAAUGUCUCUUCAAUUUUCUGUUUUGACAGUCUCAAGUGGUGUCACAGAUCGAGACAAACAGAGAAAGCCCCCCUCGUAGAAAGUUGGGACUUGGAAGAAAAGAAUCAAUCACCAAUAAACACCAACAAAGACCCUUCCUUUUUGUAAAAAAACAAAAAUUGUUUUUUUUUUUUUGGGUUUAAUUUCCCUUCUUUAUUAUUAUUUUAUUGAUCCUUCCAUGUUUCUGCGUUUCUCUCUCUUUCUAUGUCGCUGUCAUUAACUCUAUAAUGUGAUGUGACGUUGGUGGGUGUUUCUAGUAACAAGAGCCUGCAAGAGAGAGAGAGAGAGAGAGAGCGCUGCGGGCUUCAGGAGUAGGCUUUCAUGGAAACCAGAGGAAGAUAGGCUGAUAGUAUGAGCUGAGUUUCAAGGCUUUUGGUGUAAGCUUUCAUGGAAACCAAAGGAAGACUCGUUGCUGGCUCUCACAAGAGAAAUGAGUUUGUUCUCAUCAAUGCUGAGGACAUUGCGAGAGUGACUUCUGUUAAAGAACUGAGUGGGCAAAUUUGCAAGAUUUGUGGGGAUGAAAUAGAGGUUACAGUAGAUAGGGAGCUAUUUGUUGCUUGCAAUGAAUGUGCAUUUCCAGUUUGUAGACCCUGCUAUGAGUAUGAAAGAAGAGAGGGAAACCAAGCCUGCCCACGAUGCAAAACCAGAUAUAAGCGUAUCAAAGGGAGCCCUAGAGUUGAAGGGGAUGAGGAAGAGGAGGAUACAGAUGAUUUAGAGAAUGAGUUUGAUAUUUCUCAUCAUGACGGAAGUGACCCUCGGAACGUUGCUGAGGCUAUGCUCUCUGCUCGCCUUAACAUUGGCCUGGGUUCUCAAGCUAAUGUUUCAGGGUUUGUUACACCAUUUGAGUUGGAUUCUGUUUCUGCAGCUCAUGAGAUUCCUCUCUUGACAUAUCAUGAAGAGGAUGUUGGGAUUUCCUGUGAUAAGCAUGCUCUUAUUAUACCUCCAUUUCGUGGAAAGCGGAUUCACCCAAUGCCAUAUUUUGACUCUUUAACGAAUUUACAACCAAGAGCAAUGGAUCCUAAGAAAGACUUGGCAGUGUAUGGGUAUGGAACAAUUGCAUGGAAGGAGAGAAUGAAGGAGUGGAAGAAAAAGCAGAGUGAAAAACUUCAAAUGGUUAAGCACCAAGGGGAAAAGGAUGGCGGAGAUGAUGAUAGAGAUGAGUUUGAUGAUCCUGAUUUGCCUAUGAUGGAUGAAGGGAGGCAGCCUCUUUCUAGGAAGUUACCAAUUCCUUCAAGCAGGAUAAAUCCAUACAGAUUGAUAAUUUUACUCCGGCUUGUGAUUCUUGGCCUCUUUUUUCACUAUAGAAUUCUCCAUCCUGUCAAUGAUGCUUAUGGAUUGUGGUUAACAUCAAUAAUCUGUGAAAUAUGGUUUGCUGUAUCAUGGAUAUUUGAUCAAUUUCCAAAAUGGUACCCAAUUGAGCGUGAAACAUAUCUUGAUCGAUUAUCACUGAGGUAUGAGAAAGAGGGGAAGGCACCUGAGUUAGCUGCUGUAGACAUAUUUGUUAGUACAGUUGAUCCAUCGAAAGAACCUCCACUUAUCACAGCAAACACAGUUCUUUCCAUCCUUGCUGUAGAUUAUCCAGUUGACAAAGUUGCAUGCUACGUCUCAGAUGAUGGUGCUGCCAUGCUUACUUUUGAAGCACUAUCUGAAACAUCUGAAUUUGCAAGAAAGUGGGUCCCUUUCUGCAAAAAGUUCAAAAUUGAACCCCGGGCUCCAGAGUGGUACUUUGCCCAGAAGAUUGACUAUUUGAAAGAUAAAGUAGAUCCAGCAUUUGUUAGGGAACGCCGGGCCAUGAAGAGAGAAUAUGAAGAGUACAAAGUUAGAAUAAAUGGGCUGGUUGCAAUGGCACAGAAGGUUCCUGAGGACGGUUGGACAAUGCAGGAUGGGACCCCAUGGCCAGGGAAUAAUGUCAGCGAUCAUCCUGGAAUGAUUCAGGUUUUCUUGGGUCAUAAUGGUGUUCAUGAUAUUGAAGGAAAUGAAUUGCCUCUUCUAGUUUAUGUGUCUCGUGAGAAGAGACUAGGAUUUGAGCACCACAAAAAGGCUGGGGCAAUGAAUGCUUUGGUGAGGGUGUCUGCAAUCAUAACAAAUGCCCCAUAUAUAUUGAAUGUUGAUUGUGAUCACUAUAUAAACAACAGCAAGGCACUUCGUGAAGCCAUGUGCUUCAUGAUGGAUCCAAUAUCUGGAAAAAAAGUCUGUUAUGUACAAUUUCCUCAAAGGUUUGAUGGGAUUGAUCAUCAUGAUAGGUACUCCAAUCGCAAUGUUGUAUUCUUUGAUAUCAACAUGAAAGGAUUGGAUGGAAUCCAAGGACCUAUAUAUGUCGGUACUGGAUGUGUCUUCAGGAGGCAGGCACUUUAUGGAUAUGAUGCUCCUGUCAAGAAGAAGCCACCGGGGAAGACAUGUAAUUGCUUGCCAAAAUGGUUAUUCUGGUGCUGCUGCAGAUCUAGAAAGAAGAAUAAGAAAGCAAAAUCAAAUGGGAAAAAGAAGAAGAAGGAAGCUUCCAAGCAAAUUCAUGCAUUGGAAAAUAUUGAGGAGGGUAUUGAAGGCAAGGACAACUCUAAGCUGACUGAUGGAAUUAUUAUGUCUGACAAAUUGGAAUCGAUGACCCAAAUAAAAUUUGAGAAAAAAUUUGGUCAGUCACCUGUUUUUAUAGCUUCAACACUCGUGGAAGAGGGUGGACUUCCAAAAGAAGCAACUUCUGCAUCACUUUUGAAAGAAGCCAUUCAUGUCAUCAGCUGUGGUUAUGAAGACAAAACUGAAUGGGGGAAAGAGGUUGGAUGGAUAUAUGGCUCUGUCACUGAGGAUAUAUUGACUGGCUUUAAGAUGCAUUGUCAUGGUUGGCGAUCAGUUUAUUGCAUACCGAGCAGACCUGCAUUUAAGGGUUCAGCUCCAAUAAACCUUUCAGAUCGUCUACACCAGGUUCUCCGUUGGGCCCUGGGAUCCGUUGAGAUUUUGUUGAGUAGACACUGUCCAAUAUGGUAUGGGUACGGGUGUGGAUUGAAACCAUUGGAGCGAUUUUCAUAUAUAAACUCAGUUGUUUAUCCAUUGACAUCCCUUCCCCUGGUUGCCUACUGUACCUUGCCAGCUAUUUGUCUCCUCACGGGGAAAUUCAUUGUUCCUGAGAUCAGUAACUAUGCAAGUCUCAUUUUCAUGGCGCUCUUCAUAUCCAUAGCUGCAACCGGUGUCCUUGAAAUGCAAUGGGGAGGAGUUGGCACACACGACUGGUGGAGAAAUGAGCAGUUUUGGGUGAUCGGUGGCACCUCAUCUCACCUGUUUGCUCUUUUCCAAGGUCUGCUCAAGGUAUUAGCUGGUGUUAACACUAAUUUCACAGUUACUUCCAAAGGAGGAGACGAUGGAGAAUUUUCAGAGCUCUACCUCUUCAAAUGGACAUCUUUAUUGAUCCCUCCCAUGACCUUGCUCAUCAUAAACAUAAUUGGAAUCAUAGUUGGAGUUGCAGAUGCCAUCAAUAAUGGCUAUGAUUCAUGGGGUCCACUCUUCGGUAAGCUAUUCUUUGCGGUCUGGGUCAUUGUCCAUCUUUACCCAUUCCUCAAGGGUUUAAUGGCCAAACAAGACAGGCUUCCUACCAUAAUUGUUGUCUGGUCGAUACUUAUAGCUUCAGUUUUCUCACUGGUAUGGGUACGAAUCAACCCGUUUGUGUCAAGAGGGGGUAUUGUGUUAGAAAUUUGUGGGUUGGAUUGUGAUUGAAGGCAAAUGACACAGAAUGCUAAUUUGGGUUAGAUAUAGAAAAGUACAUUCUAGGAAAUGCAUUAGCAAGAUUUUUUUUUAAACUGAAGAUGAUGACAUCUCGUUGGACAAGAACGAUUCUUCUGAAUAAGUUCUGGAGGAGUACUAUGAUGGGGGUGUGUGUAGAAUGUAAAUAUUAAGGGGUUUGACAUAUUGUCAUCUGUUUUUGGCUAGUUUCUGAAGAUUCUUUUGAUACAUGAGGAGUUCUUUGUUAGUUAUUAGGUCUGUUUUGUACUCUGAAAGAACAAGCUUUAUUAAAUUAUGUAUUCCCUUCUCAAUGAAGGACAAUGCAAAAGUGCUUUUCAUUA